AUGGGUGAAUCGCUUUCCAACCUCUGGAAGGGCUCUGGCCAGAAGGAGAGUGAACCCGUCCUGCCCAAGAAAUCAAUUGCUGAGGAUGAAGUCUCCGGUUAUGGCAGUAUUAAUGCUACUCCCUGUGCACCAUGCUUGGGCAUUGCAAGUCGGGGCUGCGUCAACUGCCCAACAUGCCAGGGAACGGGAAGAAUCCCCAGGGGGCAAGAGAAGCAGUUGGUGGCUCUGAUUCCAUAUGGUGACCAGAGGCUGAAGCCCAGACGAACGAAACUGUAUGUGUCACUUGCGGUGGUGAUUUGCCUGCUGAUGUCUUCUCUCAUCAUAUUCUUCCUGUUCCCUCGCUCCAUAAACGUGCAGCCUGCAGGGCUGAAUGCCUCCUCCAUUGCCUUCGAUGCAGCCAUUUCCAGUAUCAUCCUCAACAUGACAAACAUGUUGAACAUUACCAACAGCAAUUUCUACCCAAUCGCUGUCAGUCAGCUGGAGAUUGAGGUUUUACACCUGACCCUGGUGAUAGGAAAAACUAGCAUGAAGAACCUGCUGAAUAUGGGUCCUUUGCAGAGUGGCCAGAUAUAUUACAUGGUCUCCAAUAUGAUAACGGAUAAUAAUACGUACAACAUCUGUACGUGGACCAGAAUCAAAGUCCACAAUAUUCUACUGCAUAUACAGGGCACUCUGACCUGUUCCUAUCUGUGCCACUCGGAGCAGCUGGCUUUUGAGAACUAUCAGUAUGUGGACUGUCGAGGGAAUACAACGUCACCUCACCCACUUUACCAUGGCCCUCCCUGACAGGGCUGGGAUGGUGGAAUCGCUGGAGGCCAUGUUCUCCUGUUGCAAAGGCAAGUUGCAGGAGAGGGGUGCCAACUCCUAAAGCUGCUUUCUGAGCCAUUCUGAUUGAAGCAGGACAUGGGACUCUUUCCUGAGAAGAUACUUUCACUCUGCCACUGUCUCUUCAGCAGAGACUCAAUGGAUUUGGUGAACUUGGGCCACGUUGCUCCAAGCUUGCAAUUCCCAUUUCUGUGCCUUAUGGUGGCCAGUGUAAGUAGAGCACUCCACAUUUGGGAAAUAGCUGCACUCACUGGUUGAGUGCAGGCUGCUGGACCUGCAAAGUUAACCUGUGCCAUACUUGCUUUUUGUGCAACCUAUCAGUCAAAUCAAGUUUUGCUAUUUCCCUGCCAUAUUGCAUCAUUGUGUGUGUGCCCUUAAUUAAGCAUAAAAGUAAUACACAAAGGGAAGGUGUGAUACAAUUCCUCUUGGACAAACAGCACCCACACUUAGUUCUGAAGUGCCAAUUGCGCUUUCUAUGUGCAAGUGGUAGCAGUGAGUUAUAGUGGGUCCCAUACACAGGGUAAAUAAGGGUGUUGAUAUGUGUUUGUCCAGUCCAAGACCAUGAGUGAGUGUAGGUUUUGUGAGUUUUUAAAAAGUAAAUUCAUGCUCUAGUUUUUCCUAACGCACAAAAGGGAUAGCUUCACAACGGGAGUCAUGCAGUCCAUGGGAGCCCCGGCUUGUCUUGUACCCAUAAUUUUGGGAGAGUUUGUGCUGUGUUGGGUGGGGGCCUGUCAGGCAUUCUAAGCCCAGCAAAGCUAGUUUCCUGCCUGACUCUGGCAGCUCCUGUCCUAAAAAAAAUAAACAGGUGAGGAAAAGUGCACCCUGACCAAGGGAAACUGUUUUAUUCAAAUACCAGGAAACAACACUCACUCUUCAUAGUUUGCCCUGUGGGAGAAGCAGCCCUAGCAACACAUCUUUCUUAUAACUCAUGUUAUCCUUUUGUUCUCUGUAAAGACCAGGGGCAAGUAAGAAUACACAAACACCCCCUGCCUGCUAGGCCAGCAUUCUUAGAAUGGGCAGUUUCAUCCUAAACACAACAAUUAUACCUGCAGGCCAGCACAUUCCCUGUAUCCAAGUUUUGCUAAUGCUCCACAUGUUCUGACUGGCUGGAUAUGGAAUGUUGGAUACAUAAUCUCCCCCCUCACACCAUGUUUUAAUACCACUCCAAUUGAAUGAAAAUAUGGGGAAAAUGCAAGACAGUCAUUGGGAGACCUGAACUCUCGUGUCUCCAGCAAAGACUUGUUUGUUCCUAAACAUGUUCACAAAACCACCACUCUCCGCAAAGAACCAGAGUGCUUCUGGCAUCAGGAGGGCCAUUGGACCAAUGCAGAGAAGUAGACCAGUGCUGCCCACUGCUGUGUUGCCAGAGGACAGCAUCAUUCAACAAGCAAGUUCACCUUUUGGUAUGUGCUCCUGAGUGCUUCAGAUGGGCCACUGAAGUGAUCUGAAAACAGCAGUGGGACAAAUCUUACCCCCCUUGGGGAUGAGGAAGAAUUGCAUACUGUUCUGAAUACAUUGCUUGCCUGUUUCUUCUUUUCUGUUCUCUCUCUUCAUGCUUGUAUGUGCUAAAUCAGAGGUCAGCAAUGUUUUGGCAGCAAGGGCCGGAGCUUGUGACUAUUCAGCUGUUGCUGCUCCCAUGUCUCUACCUCUCCCUCCUCCCACUGGCCAACUUCCUCUUUGCACUCACCUUAGUUACAUAUACCCAGUUCCUCUAGGGAGGAAAGCACAGAUACAGCCCUUCAUCCAUUUUGCAGGGGAUGGAUGACAUGGCACAGCUGCAUGCCAGAGAUUCCCCGGGGCCAAAUAGCACCUCAGCGGGUGCAGGCCAUUGGUUGCCCACUCCUGCGCUUAAUGAUUGCAUCUGCUCUGAUGUCCCUGCCUCUGGCAUGGAGUUUCUGUGCUCCAACGCUACAGUCUGCCAUGUACCUGUCCUCCGGGUCAGUAUGUUCUUAAAUAAAGAGGGCAUUGUACCUAAGUGUCUUCUCCUUGUAUUCCAUCCAGGAAGAGCACACACUAACUGCUGAAACUUCCUUAGCCUGAUGAAGGGUUUUUGAACCUGAAAGCUUGCUUAAUAAUUGUUUUCCAACUAUUUAAGUUGGUCUAAUAAAAAAUAUCAGAUUCACCCAAAGAACUUUGUCU